AUGACAAGUCGCAGAAAAGUACGCUCAGGGUGUGGUACCUGCAGAACCCGGAAAGUCAAAUGCGACGAGCUCAAGCCAGUAUGCAAGCGAUGUUUCUCCACAGGUCGCACAUGUGAGGGCUAUGGCAUCUGGGGUGGAGGAGGAAACGGGUACGCAGAGCGCUAUGGUAGCAAAAAGAGGUGUACCCCGUCGCUGCACCAUCACUUCCCGGCCGCGAAGCUCAAAUUGCGCAAUGAAGACCAGGAAUAUCUGGACUGGUUUCACCAUCGCCUUGUGCACGACUUGAGUGGUCGGCUGGCAGAGGGGUUCUGGACGGCGCUGGUUAUGCCUACGCUGCUGAACGAACCUGUCAUCGCGCAUGCGGCCAUUGCGCUGAGCUCAGCGCAUAAGAACGCCGUUUUGGCAUCGGAUUACACGCAGCUGAAAUGUGAGCUUCUUGUCAUGAGGCAUUACAAUGAGUCGUUGCGACACCUCCAGUCCGCGAUUGGGCUUGGUGGAAAGACGAUGUCCGGUCUCGCAUUAGUCUCCUGUCUGCUGUACACUUUGCUAGAGCAGGUAAGAGGUAGGAUUGAGCAGGCUGAGAUGCAUCUACAGAGCGGAUUGCGGCUGUUGAAGGAUGUUCAUCAGAGCCUAUGUGUCAACAUGCAUGGGUUGACUUUGCUGAAAAGAAGCCCGAGUGUGGAUAUCGACCAGGUCAGGAUCAUGCAAGGAUUCGCAUCACUCCAUCUAGAAUCGCAGUUCCUCGGGACAAGCUCGCCGGGCAUUGACAUCCUCGUGCAGUCUUCCGUUGAGGAUGUGCCGUCACGCACCUUCAAAUCGAUUGAAGAAGCUCGGCACUCGUUGAACAAACUAGUUCACGCUAUCCUGCUCAUCUCGCGGCGUUUCCUCCGAAUGACCGCUGCGGAGCGUGAGGAUCGACUGAAGAGGGUCGACAUCCACAAUCAGGCGCUGGGCUUACUCCAGGACUGGCUGAAAACGUACAAGUCUACAAACUUCUGCGUGAGGAAGAAAGAUCGCGACCGCCAAGUUGGACACACAAUACUGCUCAAUCAUUACGAAAUGGCACUCAUCAUGUGGGGUCACAUAGGCUGCACCUCAGAAUCUGGGUAUGAGGACCAUACUGCAAAGUUCCUCGCCAUACUGGAGCAUUCGGUGGAAAUCUGGCACUUGUUGCCUUCAUUGUCUGCAACCGAGAGCAAUAGUUUUGGCGACAACUUGGCUACUCCGUUGUUCUUUACAGCUCUCAAAUGCCGCGACCGCCGCAUUCGAUUACAGGCCGUCAGACUACUCAAAACCAUCCCCUUCAGCCAGGGCGGCUGGAGCUGCCUGUUGAUGUCCAAGAUUGCCGCAGAGAUUGUGACAUUAGAGCAAGAUGCUUUCACAGCUCGCUUAAUGAAAGACGGCUUUGAUGUCACCGACACCCAGACUUUUGCUGGCCUUGAGACUUGCCCUCAAUCAUCUUCGAAACUGAUUCAUGACGUACGAAUAAGUUCUUGGGAUGCGUCAACUGAUACAGUUAGCCUUCGUUGUCAGCAAUGGACCGAUGAUGGCGGAGUGACAACAUUCUAUCAUGACAUGGUUAUCUCAAAAUAG